ACCGUCCUUUUCACUUCCGCCGCAAGCCACGAUGCCGGCUAAGAAACCUGACCCAAAGGGAAAGGCUGCCCCAGCCAAGAAGAAGGAAGGAGGAGGAGGUGGCAAGGCCAAGAAGAAGAAGUGGUCUAAGGGAAAGGUGCGAGACAAGCUGAACAACCUCAUCUUGUUUGACAAGGCUACAUAUGACAAGCUGUACAAAGAGGUUCCAAGCUACAAGCUUAUCACACCAUCAGUUGUGUCUGAGAGGUUGAAGGUCAGAGGGUCUCUGGCAAGGGCAGCUCUAAAGGAAUUACAUUCAAAAGGUUUGAUUCGCUUGAUAUCAAAGCACCACUCCCAGAUUAUUUACACAAGAGCCACGAAGGCGGACGCCGAGGAGCCAGCAGCAUGAUCUAGAUUACCACUUUUAUCAAGCUGAGGGAGAAAAUAAAAAAAAAUUUGUGAA